UAGUGGCGCAAGAGAUUGACAUUCCCAAGGAAAUUCCUCCUGAAACAUUGAAAAAGUGCUGUAUUUUCCUCAAUUUCACCAAAUAAGAGAUGUCAACGCAGAAAUCUGAGGUGAAAAUCAUGCCGCGGGCGAUUGUUUGCGAGGACACAAAUCUCCGGGGCGACAUCACCAUCUCCGGAGGAUGCGUGAUCCAUCCCAGUGCCACGAUCGUGGCCGAGUCGGGUCCCAUCAUAAUUGGCGAGAAUUGCAUCGUGGAGGAGUACGUCUCGAUCGUCCAUCGCGUGCCUCCCGGACAGGCUGUGCAGAGCGAUCGGCCGCCCGUUCUGGUCAUCGGCGCCAACAAUGUGUUCGAGGUGGGAUGUCGCAUUGAGGCGCUGAAGAUCGGCGAGAGGAACAUCUUCGAGUGCCACUCCUCCGUGUCGGCGGACGUGAAGAUCUCGAAUGGCUGCGUGAUUGGCGCCGGAUGUCACUUGACUGGCGCCCAGGAUUUGCCGGAAAACACUGUGAUCACCGGGAAGGAUUGCAUUCUGCGCGAGGCGCUAGAGAAGCAAUCCACGCAGACGCUCCAGCUGGACUUCCUGCGGAAAGUGCUGCCGAACUAUCAUCACAUCCGGAAGGUGACUUUCGAUCCCAAGAAAAUUCGCACGCAAGUUUGAGUUGACAAAUGAAAGGCAAAUCGAAUCAUUAAUUUAUUGAUUACAGAAUUUCACUUACAUUUUUUAUAUAUGUUUUGAUUA